AUGUCGAGCAACAGUGACAUGAGCUCGGUCAUCACCUUCGCCCGGCAGCCCGCCUCCUCCCGGAAGCAGAGUGUCGAGGUCAAGAUCAACGACCACUACCACUCCAAAGUCUACACGUCUGGCAACUCCAUCUCCGGAGAAGUGACCAUCACCCCUGGCCACGACAGCCGCUUCGACCAUGUUCAGAUCAUUCUGAUUGGAACUUCGAGGACUCGCCUGGACGCCGUCCAGAUUCCCCAGCUCUCCUCACACACUUUCCUCAAGUUGGAGAUGCCCAUCCCCGAGUCCACUUACCCCGUUCCCCGGAUCUUCGAGGCCGGCAGGACUUACACCGUUCCCUUCAACUUUGUUAUUCCCCACCACCUGACCAUCAGCGCCUGCACUCACAAGGCCCAGUCAGAUUACAUCCACGACUACCACAUGCGCCUCCCCCCAACAAUGGGCGGCUGGGAGAAGGACGACAUGGCUCCUGACAUGGCCCAGGUCCAGUAUGCCAUCAAGGCUCGCGUUGUGCGGCAAGACGAGCUCGGCGGCAGGCCGAUAAAGCUCAUGGAGGACGCCCACCACAUCAAAGAUCCGCCUCUGAACAUCACCAAGCAGGACAGGGGCUACACCCUUAGCAAGACCAAGACCAUUCGCAAGAACCUCUUCUCUUCGAAGCAGGGCCACAUUACUGCCGCUACUACCCAGCCAAGCGCUAUCCAUCUGACCGCCGACGGCCGCUCAGCGUCCGAGGGUUCCAUUCUGGUGAACCUGAACUUCGAGCCUGCCUCUGCCGAUAUUCCGCCUCCCAAGGUGACCACCGUCUCUGCUAAGCUCCAAGCUCAGACAUGGUACGGUUCAAGCCCAAUGACGAAGCUGCCCAACAUGGGUGACAGCCACGAGACCUAUGCCCUGUCCCAGCAGCUUGCCUACACCACCUCGGUCUCGUUGUUCUCGACGUCGGUGGGCAAGGUGGCCUGGCGUCAGCAGCUCACGUCGACCACCCGCCGCGAUUCCGGAUACUCUAGCGACGGCCUGCGCGAGAGCAGCAACUCCGACUCGGAUAACCAAAACCACGACCAGAACCGUCGUUCGAGCAAGGACGGCUCGUCGCCCAUCUUCCACAGAGCUGCUCUUCAGAUCCCUUUCAAGCUGCCGACGUCCCGAAAGACCUUGAUCCCGACUUUCCACGCUUGCCUCGUUUCCCGCACCUACACUUUACAGUUGACACUAGUGGUUGCCGACUCGAAGAUCAAGCUGAACGUUCCCUUGCAAAUCGCCCUCGAGCCCCCCGUCCAGCAGGAUCUCCUGGACAUGGGCCUUCCUAGCUUCGAUGCUGCAAUGGCGCAGCAGGAAGAGGCGGAGGCGGAUGCGUACUUCCAGCCCCGACUGCUGCAACAGCCGGCACUCGAAUUCCAAGGCAACGCUGUUCUACCCUGCUACGGCGACUUGGCGACGAGGCGGCCAGCAGUCCCAACUGCAUGA